GUAUUUCGAAUGACGCAUUCUCUCGGAGGUGGCACCGGUUCUGGUAUGGGCACUCUCUUGAUGGCAAAAGCCCGUGAGGAAUAUUCGGAUCGUGCAGCCUUAUACGACAUUUGCCUGCGUACACUGAAGCUGGGCACUCCGACGUAUGGCGAUUUGAAUCAUCUUCUCUCUUCGGAUAUGAGUAGUCUUAAUACUGAUCUUCUUAAGCUCGCCGUUAAUAUGAUGCCGUUCCUUCGUUUGCAUUUUCUCAUUACUGGAUUCGCGCCAUUAAGCUCAAGAGUCAGUGAAGAGGUUUGA